CUCUCUACCCACGCGCUUGCUCAAGUGGGUACGCAUCUUCCACCCACCAGGCCGCCGGCAAUCGGGACCGAUCAGCGGCGUCUCCGGCGAUGACACACGGCCAUGGUCACCACGGGGGCCAUCACGACCACGGAGGCCAUCACCAGCCCCUCCCGCAUCAUCACGAACAGCACCACCAGCCCCAUGGCCACCACCACCAUCCCCAUGGUCAUUCGGUGCCGGUGAUCCCAAUCCAUCCCCUCCCCCAUCAUCACGACCACCACCAUCCUCCCCACCACCAUCCCCAUGGCCAUCCGGUGCCGGUGAUCCCGAUGCCGGUCACGUACUCGUACCUGCCGACGACGGUUGGCACGCCGCUCCUCGAGCAUAGGCGGCCGCCGUCCAGCGCCCUGGUCGGACUCCUCACGUGUAUAUUCUGCUUCGUCCUGGUCGUGGUGCUGCUCGUCCUCUGGUUCUAGCUAGUACGGGUGAUCCAUCCAUCGACGGGCGCCUUCGCCGGUGCAUGCAGAUCGAUUACUAGUACAGUAGUUCUUCUUACUUCUCUCUGUUUGAGUACAAUAACCUUGGUGGCCAUGUGAUCUUGCGUGGAGAUCGAUCGAUUUGAUUGGUACUGUGUAAUUUUAAUACAACUACGACUAUCACUGAGUGCGCGUUAA